AUGGAGUACAAGGAUGAUUCCGAGUUCUUGGAUGAUAUCCAGAAGUCCAAAACCCGAUCCAAGGAAAUCGUGAGAAUGCAAAUGCACUUAGCUUAUCUUGAUGAAUCAGAGCCCGCAAGUGAAGAUGAAAAUCAAGCACCAGCUAAUGCCGAAGAAUUUAAAGUUGUCAGAAAGUUUAGCUUACAAAAAUUCCUUGAGGCACACCCAAUCUUAAAUGUCAAAGACCUUUGUAACUUUUCUUUGGAUCAACUCUUGUAUUUAGUUGAUGUUGUUCGCGAGCAUGAGUUUUCAUCCAGACGCGGUCGGAAAAACGGUUGUGAUCCAUUAGAUGCGUUAUUCCUAACAUUAACUUACUAUUGCACUUAUCUUCCAUUGCAAAAAAUGUCAGGAAUUGUUAGUUUGAAACAGAGUUACCUCAGCAAAAUCAUUAACAAAACAACAAACAGGAUGUUCCCAAUUUUCAUUGCUGAAUUCAUUCCAAAACAAUAUUCUCCCUGUGACAAGGAGUUCGAUAACUUUCCAACAUGUGUUGCUGCAGUUGAUAGCUCUACUAUUCCUUUUACCGUUCCUCUUGAUCUUGCUGAGCGUAAAAGUUCAUGGGAUGCUAAAAACCAUUGCAAUGGUAUGAAGGUUCAAGUUCUUGUUAAUCCUUUAGGACAGGUAAUUCACAUGAAUACAAGUUUUUUAGCUUCAGUUCACGAUAAGAAAGUAUUUGAUUUAUCAGGAGCUUCAGAUUUUUUACAUGUCCAACGUGGAGUUGAAUCUGUUGCAUUAGGACUUCUUGCAGAUAGAGGUUACAUCGGUAUUCAGAAAUACCAUCCAACAGCCGUCAUUAUGCAAAGAGGUGAUGACGAAGAAGUUACAAAACGCAAUAAUGCGAUUGCACAUGAUCGCCAAAUUGUCGAACGCCGCUUUGCACGCGAUAAAAGUAAUUGGAGUGUCUUGGCAAUAGGAUAUCGUGGUGAAAAAGGCAAUCUUCCACUUAUUGUUCAAGGAUUGUUUGCUUUAGAUAACUAUCACAUCGAUUCCACACCUCUCAGUGAGAAGGAUAACUGCGAUUUUCCUUGCACUCCAAAAGAUGAAAAAGAAGCUGCAGCAACACCAGAACCAAAUGGUUCAGGAAGCCCAAUGCCAAAGCCAAGAUGUGUUCCAAAAGAUCUUUAUCUCCAAACUC